AUGUCCGCGUCUUACAGAACGAACGGUGUCAACGGCACCAAUGGGCCUAUGACGAAUGGAUCUACCGUCAUGCCACCCGAAAACUCCAAGAUGGUCAACGGUACCAAAGAGAAAAAGCCCAACAUCUUUCGAAGAAUAAUCCGAAGACCCAAGAAGACCCCGCAAGCAAAAGUCGGUGGCACAAUCGUGGCAACACCUGCUGAGAUCAAUGAAGCCACCGCAAAAUUGUUCACGAGGCUCGAGGAUAGAUUCGCAGACAGUUUCAAGGCCCAAGGUUUCGAAGCAGAUCGACCCUUCAUUCCCCGCAAAUUUGAGACGCAACGAGCACUCUAUCAGUGGGCACUCCCGGGCAGCACAACUCCCGCGUACCCACCCCACUUGAAAUGGAUACCCCUCGAUGAUCGGGUGGGACUUCUUAAGAUCUUCAACCUCAAGCGAUUUGUCGACGUCUCGGUUUCUCUUCUCCCGAAAAUCCCGCCAGAGAUCUCAAAUCUUCUCUUUGGAGAUCCGUACAAUGGAACCACAAUGACAAUGCUCGAAGAGAGAAUGAUGGCUCUCCAGAACCAAGAGAAGAAUAUAGGAACCGAACCUAGCAUUGGGUAUCGAAAAGAUUGGUACAGUGAUGCCGUGUUUGCACAACAAUAUUUUACCGGUCCAAAUCCAUCAUCCAUCGCUCUCGCCGGCCACACUUGGCUCGAUCGAUUCAAGAAAGCUGCGUUCGAUCAAGGAAACAAAGAGAUUCAUAGUCUCCUAGAGACAUUCAACUCCAACUCUUUCUAUAUCCAAGAUUGUAGUUUCUUCCGCGAAUGGGCUGGCGCUUUCCCGGACGCUGUUCUCAAAUCUGAUAAUGGUAAGAGAUUCGGAUGUGCUUCGGUAACAUUGUUGCAUUUGAAUGCAGAUGGCGAUCUCCAUCCCUUGGCAAUUGUCUUGGAUUACAAAGUGAGCAUGGAAAACUCGGUCACAAUCUUCAACAAAAGAAUCAAUCCCAAGGACUCAAAGGAUUAUGAGCAUGAUGAUUGGCCAUGGAGAUACGCCAAAAUGUGUAGUUUGAUUGCCGACUGGACGCGUCAUGAGUUGACAUUGCAUCUCAAUGAUUGCCAUUUUGUGGAGGAGGCGAGCGCUGUAGCGGCUUAUAGAAGCUUUCCAAGCGAUCAUAUCGUUUAUAAGAUCCUGGAACCUCAUUGGUUCAAAACUCUCUCUCUCAAUGCCGCGGCUCGCGAUUCUCUUGUUCCACAGGUCGUGAACAAGAUCAAUGGGUUCACCGAACAGCAAACCUACGAGUUCCUCCUGAGCUCCUACAGAAACUUCAACUGGACUGGCAACUACGUUCCCACGUCCCUCAUCACUCGUGGCUUUCCUCUAUCGGCUCUGAACGACAAGCGAGACCGCCUAUUCCACAACUAUGCAUACGGAAGAAAUAUGUCCAUCAUGUGGCCCAUCCUCUUUGAAUUUGUUUCAUCCAUGCUCGCCACCUAUUACACCAGUAGCGCCGACGUCUCCAAGGACACAUGUGUAUCCACCUGGUGCAACGAGAUGCAAUCUCCCGCCGGCGGACAAAUGCCCACAUUUCCGAGCAUCCAAACCCUCGACGAGCUCACCAAUGCUAUAACAAUGUGCAUCCACAUUGCCUCGCCCCAGCACAACGCAAUUAACUAUCUCCAAAACUACUACAUGUCAUUCGUACCCAACAAGCCGGCAUCUCUGCAACAACCGCUUCCCAAUAGCUUGGGAGCUCUCCAGAGAUACCGAGAAAUCGACAUCAUCAAUGCUCUCCCCAUCAACGACCCAUCCGUCUGGAUCCAAUCGUCACAACUUCCGUAUCUGCUCAGUUACCGAGUCGCCGAAGAUCAAACCCUGUCGUCAUAUGCUCGAGAAUUGAGAGAUGCAGCUAUCAAUCCGCAGAGCAGAUUUGCUGGGCCAGGAGAUACGGCUAGGAGAACAGAUGGGGUGAGAAGGGCAGCGGAGAAGUUCUUGGCAGAUCUUGAUGUGGCGGCAAGACAAUUUAAGGAGAAUAGUGAGGCGAUGAGUGAGGGGAUCGCGCCAUAUUAUGUCAUGGACCCUGGGGAAUUGGCUGUGAGCGUGCUGAUUUAG